CCUAAUCUGCAAGAUCUACAGAAAAAAAUUUGAAAUCCUCAGAGGAGCAAAAAAAACAUAAAAAAAUCAACAACCAUGGCGAAUCCAAUUCAAGAGAUUCUGGAGAAGCAAGUUCUAACGGUGGCGAAAGCCAUGGAAGAUAAGAUAGACGACGAGAUCGCGUCUUUAGAGAAGCUUGACGAAGACGAUCUAGAGGUUCUGAGGGAGAGAAGGUUAAAGCAGAUGAAGAAAAUGGGCGAGAAAAAGAAACGUUGGAUGAGUCUCGGACAUGGCGAAUACUCUGAGAUCCAUUCCGAGAAAGACUUCUUCACCGUCGUUAAAGCUAGCGAACGCGUCGAAUGCCACUUCUACCGCGAGAAUUGGCCCUGUAAAGUGAUGGAUAAGCAUAUGAGUAUAUUGGCAAAGCAACACAUUGAGACGCGUUUCGUGAAGAUACAAGCUGAGAAAAGUCCAUUCUUGGCUGAGAGGCUCAAGAUUGUUGUUCUUCCUACUCUUGCCUUGAUUAAGAACACUAAAGUGGAUGAUUAUGUGGUUGGGUUCAAUGAACUGGGAGGGAAAGAUGAUUUUAGCACAGAGGAUUUGGAAGAGAGAAUAGCCAGAGCGCAAGUGAUAUAUUACGAGGGAGAGUCAUCUCAUAAACCAAAGUCUACUACACAAGUCAGAAGGAACGUAAGGCAGAGUGCUCAUUCUGAUUCUGACUCGGAAUAAAUCCCUGAAGUUUUCAAACACUCUUAUCUUUCAGCAUUUUCUUUGUGAGUCGUCUGUAUGUGUGAAAUCAGUUGUUGUGAUGUGUAAUACAAAGUAGGAGAUGAUGUCAAAUGGAUUUUGACCUUUUUUAUCUUGGGCAUUCGAAAGAACUUGUUGGAUGAACUUUGCCAUUCAA